GGGGGACUCGUAGUCAUCUUCUAUUCGUUAUCCGUUUUGAAGUGUACUCAGAUGGGAUUGAGUUUCGCAGAUGCUUUAAAUCCAGAAAAAUAAUGCAAUCUCUCACCUUAACUCGAUACCCAACUCCAAUUUCCCCGCCAACACUCAAUCUUUACCCGCUAAGACAAAUCGCAGGGUCUGUUCUCUCUGUUCCGACCACCGGCAACCGUAGCGAGAUGACGUCUCGUCGUGAGUGUGCUUCCUUUAAGUCCCUCGCCGUUGGUCAGACUUCGACCGGUGAUGGUGAUGAUGGUUACUGUACUCUCAUAGACUUUGCAGGUAAUGGAGGAGGAGAAGGGACAAAGGUAGGAGAUGAUCUUGUGGUGUUGCUUUACCACUUACAACAUGCCUGCAAAAGAAUCGCUUCUCUUGUCGCCUCUCCUUUCAAUUCUUCACUCGGAAAGCUCUCUGUUAACUCCUCUAGUGGGUCAGACCGAGAUGCGCCUAAGCCGCUGGAUAUUGUCUCGAACGAUAUCGUCUUGUCCUCUCUUAGAAACUCAGGGAAAGUAGCAGUAAUGGCUUCUGAAGAAAAUGAUAGUCCAACUUGGAUCAAAGAUGAUGGUCCUUACGUUGUGGUUGUAGAUCCUCUAGAUGGGUCACGGAACAUCGAUGCUUCGAUACCGACAGGAACUAUAUUUGGGAUUUACAAUCGCCUUGUUGAGCUUGAUCAUUUACCAGUUGAAGAGAAAGCUGAGCUCAAUUCUUUGCAGAGAGGCAACAGGCUUGUAGCUUCCGGUUAUGUGCUCUACUCUUCAGCCACUAUCUUCUGUGUUACACUUGGCUCGGGAACACACGCCUUCACGCUAGAUCAUUCCACAGGCGAAUUUGUUCUUACCCAUCAAAACAUUAAGAUCCCUACUCGAGGGCAAAUCUACUCAGUGAAUGAUGCGAGGUACUUUGAUUGGCCAGAUGGUUUAAGGAAGUACAUUGACACAGUGAGACAAGGCAAAGGUCAAAACCCGAAAAAGUACUCGGCGCGUUACAUUUGUUCUCUAGUAGCUGAUCUUCACAGGACUCUCUUAUACGGUGGAGUGGCUAUGAAUCCAAGAGACCAUCUUCGUUUAGUCUAUGAAGGAAACCCUGUGGCUUUUCUCGUGGAACAAGCUGGUGGCAAAUCCUCUGAUGGAAAGAGAGGGAUACUUUCGAUACAACCCGUGAAGCUUCACCAGAGGUUGCCUCUGUUUCUUGGGAGCGUAGAGGAUGUUACUGAGCUUGAAAGCUAUGGAGAUGUGCAGCAGACUGUAAACCCUGGCUAUGAAGUUUAAACGAUUCCUCUGUUUCAUACUAUGUGUAAAAAUAGUAAAUCGACAUUAGAUCUUGUUAAUUGUAACAUUUGGUAUUAGGAAGGUUAGAUUCGUGUAUCUGUUUAUCAAGAUCAACAGGUAAUCUGGUAUAAGUCACAAGUUUAUUUGAUUCUUUAUCA